AUGCUCAGUACGAAUCAAUCCCCAACCUACGAUGUUAUUCUCUUAUGGAUUGUAAAUAUCUUUGGGUUGCGAAGUCGUAUCCACCAAUAUGGUGACAAAGAUAAAAUAGGAGGUUCAGAAACACCCGCUGAAGAAAAAGAAGAAGAAGAAGGAGAGGACUUUUACGCACUUAAAAAUUACAAUAUUGACCCCUUUCUGCCAAUUUUCAACGAUUUCAUCACUCUUAGCCUUCAGAUUUUCAUGGGACGAUUAAAUGAAAUUGUGUUACCUCCGCAUUUGAUCACAGGAGCAAUACUAGAGUACGAGCCAAUCCCGAAUUUGUCCUGUCAAGCUCUAACAGUAUCGACAGCUGGUGGUCUCCGACCUCGUAAUACCUGGCUUCGACGAAAACCCCACUUCCAUCGGUUCAUGAACACUCUUGAUAAAAUUUACAAAACCCUCCAAGGUGGGAUCUCGUUAAUUUUAUCUGGCAUAAUUUUUGUGAAAUAUUUUAAAUAA